UAUUGUAUUAGCACUCACCACAUAUACAGUAAGAAGCAGACAACAGUGCACGCCACAAUCGCCCAAUUCCUUAAUCAAAGUUUUUUUUUUUUUUUUUGAGAACAAUUACUUAAUUAAAGUUCUAGCAUAUAAAGGAAAGGAAACUUUAAGCGAUGAUUUUUUCAUGUAAUUAAUUUUUUUUUUUCGAGGGGUAAAGAAAGAGAAAAUGGAAAGUAAAUGAGAGGCUUUCGAGUAAGACACAUCUUUUCUGCAGGCCGGGGAUUGAUGGCCACUCCCUCUUCUUAACCUCUUAUCUUCUCUCAUUAUGAGCUCAUUUUUAUUUUCUUGACCUUUGUUAUUUUUUAACGUAGUAAUCCCAUAUAAAUACAGGCUUUAGCACGGUUUUUUUUUUUUUCUCCGUAGAAAAGACAUCUAAUGGCUCAGCUAUAAGAAUGAACUGCUGUAAAACCAUGGCAGUUAUAGUGGUGGAUCUGCUAAAAGAAUUGGCCAUGUAGGAUCUUCCCUAUCAACAAAAAGGAGGGAGAGAGCGGAAGAGAGAGACAAAGAGAGGGGGAGGAAUUCAGGAAGAAAGAAUGGAUUUUGAUGAACACGAAGACCAAGAAGAAGAGAUGGGCAUGGCGGUGCCUCCAGGUUAUGACACGAUUAGCAACUCAUCUCGGCCAAAAAUGGGUCCAGCCAGUGGAGAAGGUGCGUCGACGACCGCAGCAGCUACGGCUACAGCAAACGCGAGGAAAUCAGGAAGCUUGAUUAGAUAUAGAGAGUGUUUGAAAAACCACGCGGUGAGCAUCGGUGGACAUGCUGUGGAUGGGUGCGGGGAAUUCAUGGCGGCGGGCGAAGAGGGUACUUUGGAUGCACUCAAAUGCGCCGCGUGUAACUGCCACCGAAAUUUCCACCGCAAGGAGACUGAUGGAGCCUCGGAGGGAAUAAAUCACCAGCAGCCGCAUCCACAAUUUUCUCCUUUCUAUCGUGCUCCGCCACCUGCUGGGUACCUACACCUGACGCCGGCGCCGCAGCAUAGGCCUUUAGCUCUACCCGCAGCAUCUGUAGGGGGAGCCGGAGGUGCGGUUAUUGGUGGUGGGUACACCAGGGAGGAGGAGGAUGUUUCUAAUCCUAGUAGUAGUGGCGGAGGAGGCGGCUCUUAUGGCAGUUCAAAGAAGAGGUUUAGGACUAAGUUUACACAGGAGCAGAAGGACAAGAUGUUGGAUUUCGCAGAGAGGCUUGGGUGGAGAAUCCAAAAGCACGAUGAGGCUGCGGUGGAGCAGUUUUGUGCAGAGAAUGGAGUGAAAAGGCAUGUGCUCAAGGUGUGGAUGCACAAUAACAAGCACACUCUUGGUAAGAAACCCUAAUUUUUAGAAAACUGAAAAAUAAAAAAUAAACAACGAUAGAGGGAACCAUUUGUUAUCAUCUCCCAGCAAUCACACCGACACUAAGCUACAUAGUGCCGAUCGACGAGAUAAUACUGAGGAAGGAAGUUAGAGAGCAUAUGACCAGCAGUGCAAUUGAUAUAUUUUCUGAAAGAAAAAAGAAUGGGAAAGUUGAAAGAUUGUGAUGUAAAAUUGGGUAGGGGUAGCAACAUAGACUAGGGUUCUUCUUAACUGUUUUUCUCUCUUCUUUUUUAGUUAUUUUUUCUUUCCAAUUUAGUUUUGUUUCUGAAUGUAGGAUGAAUUAAUGGUAAAGAUGAUGACGAUGACCCUGUAAUUUCUUGAAUGUGUUAUUGCUGAUAUGGGCCAUUUGCUCCUGAAAUCAGCAUCUCUAAUUAAUUCAAGUUUCUUGCUUGCUUGCUUAA